CAAGCCAAAAGUGAUCUCAACGCACAUCCGAAACCUAAACACCAAACCCCUUCUUCUUGAUCACUUCAUCUUCCUCUAUUUCUUUAUUCAUGUCUAAUGAACAUAGAGACCUCUACUGCCACACUCCUUUCCAAGAGGAUCACCUUGGUGUCAAGCCUCUUUCCAUUCUUGAUUCAUCAACUUAUAACAGUCCCGGACAGGGGUUUGAUCCUUCUCCAUACAUGAGCUUUAGUGAGUGCUUGCAUGGAUCCCUGGACUUCAAUUCACUUGCAAAAGCCUUUGGCUUGUCGCCUUCUUCAUCUGAAGGAUUUUCUUCCAUAGAAGGCAAUUCGAAGCCAAUGGAAGCUGGAGUUUUAGGUUGCGGUAAUAGCACCGAUCAAAUUCCAGCCACCCCUAAUUCUUCACUCUCUUUUUCUUCGAGUGAGGCUGGUGGUGAUGAAGACUCGGGAAAGACCAAGAAAGAGACGCAACCUUCAAGGCCAGAGGAUGGAGGAGAAUGCUCUGAUAAGAAAGACAAGGCAAAGAAGAAAGCUGAGCAAAGGAAAAAAGAGCCACGAUUUGCCUUCAUGACCAAGAGCGAGGUUGACCAUCUCGAAGAUGGAUAUAGAUGGAGAAAAUAUGGACAGAAGGCUGUCAGGAACAGUCCAUAUCCAAGGAGCUAUUACCGGUGCACUACUCAGAAAUGCACUGUGAAGAAACUUGUAGAAAGGUCAUUCCAGGAUCCAUCAAUUGUGAUUACAACGUACGAGGGCCAACAUAAUCAUCCAAUUCCAACAACAAUUAGAGGAAGUGCUUCGGCUAUGUUUUCACACUCAAUUCUAACACCUGCACCCCUGGCAACUGGGCCUAGGCGCUUCCCAGCUCAUCUUCAAGGAUAUAAUCUUGUUCAAAUGCCUGCUGCCACAAGCAACAAAAAAUUGGGGGAAUAUCCACAAAACGUUAAUCAAGUUCCCGACUAUGGACUUUUGCAAGACAUUGUCCCUUCCAUGUUCUUUAGACAAGAGCCUUGAGAAGUCUGUCUCACUGUACGUGUGCUUUAAUAAUCUUACCUUCCUGACUUUUUAGGUAAUUAAUACUUCUUUUCUUCCUUAUAUACCUACUUCAAAUAGUACUGAUUUGAAGUGAAUAUAUGUGCUUUCUUUAGAUCAGAGAUUGAUUUGAUUGAGAAGAUAUAAUAUUGGGAAAUGCUUUCAUGUAUGUUUCUCAAGAACCUAGCGUUAGGAGGAUUGCACGCUUA